AUCGAAGAACAAAGUGACAGUGAAGUUUGGGCAAGAUGAAGCUGUUUGGGUUAAUCUGUCUUUGGGCGGUGUUAACCACCUGUCAGGGCUACAGGAUACUAGGUCUGUUCCCGUUCAACGGGAAGAGCCAUUUCGUAAUGUUUGAGCAGAUGAUGAAGGCUUUGGCUAGGAAGGGACACCACGUGGACGUGGUCAGCACGUUCCCUUUGAAGAAACCAUACAAGAAUUACAACGACCUGGUCGCACUGAAGGCUUCCUGGCAGUUCCUGAAUAACAUGACUUUUAACGACAUGAAGACGAUGCUGCUACCGGGCAUUAGCCAGGCCGUGGCCCACUUAUGCGGGAACGAGGUCUGCAAGUUCCUGAGCCACCCGAGGUUACAAGAGCUUGUGAAAAAUCCGCCUAAGGACCCGCCUUACGACGUGGUCUUCGUGGAGAUAUUCGGAGCACAUUGUUUCAUAGCGAUCGGUCACUUGCUGAAAGUGCCGGUGAUAGGGGUGAGCUCUGCGACCCUUUAUCCGUGGCACAACGACAUAAUCGGUAACCCGGAGAACCUUGCCUUCGCGCCGAACAAUUUGCUCUCAUUCUCUCAGCCAAUGAGCUUCUUAGACAGGACCUACAAUUUCCUGCACACUACGUACCAUAAAUUGAACUUCCAAAGUUACGCGAGCAAACAAACCGAGAUUAUAAGGGAAUACUUCGGCGAGGACAUGCCGGACAUCAGAACACUGGAAAGAAGUGUCGCGAUGAUCUUCGUGAAUUCGUUCAGAUCCAUCAACGGGAUCAAAGACUCGACCCCCGGAUACAUCGAAGUUGGUGGAGUGCACGUCCAGGAGGACGGUGUCGAAGUAUCACCUAGCUUAGAGAAGUGGAUGAACGAGAGUACGAGCGGAUUCUUUUAUUUAUCAUUCGGAUCGAUGAUAAAGAUUGAAUCCUUCCCUAUAAAAUUUCUCAAUGUACUGUACAAGUCCCUGGGAAAGCUAGCACCGGUCCGGGUCUUAAUGAAAAUACCGAGUCCCAACGAACUGCCGCCUGGCCUACCAAAGAAUAUUCUCACGUCACCGUGGAUACCACAGCUCAAAGUUCUGAAGCAUCCGAACAUAAAGGGGUUCAUCACACAUGGCGGACUUAUGGGUACCCAAGAAGCGAUUCACUAUGGUGUCCCUCUUAUCGGUAUACCCUUGUUCGCUGAUCAAUUUAUCAAUAUCAAGAAUUACGUGCAGCAAAAUAUUGCGAUUGAGAUAGACCAUAAUACCUUAACGGAGGAGAAAAUGGACAACGCUUUGAAUGCCGUUUUGCAUGAUCCUAAAUAUCGUGAAAGCGCCCGAAAGUUAUCCAAAAUGUUCCUAGAUCGUCCUAUGAAUACAACGGAAACCGUUGUUUACUGGACUGAAUACAUUAUCAGGCACGGCGCAGAUGCGCUCAGGUCACCCUCUAUGGAUCUGACAUGGUGGCAAGUGCAGCUUCUGGACGUUUACGUAUUCCUCUUAUUCGUUGCGCUUCUCUCGAUUAUUCUCCUAAUAAGCGCGAUGCGAUUCGCGUUUAGCAUGAUAAGUGUAGAGGAAACUGACUCGCACAAAAAGAAAAUUUCAUAAUUUCAAUCACUUUGUAAUAAUAAUAGGUAAACUUCAUUAGGACAAAUUCAUUUAAACUUUAUAUACUGCAGUUCGAUGACUGUUCAGUGAAUUUCAGGUGAAUUUUAUGAAUGUAUAGUACCUGCGGUUACGAGAAAUACGAGUUAAGGAGUAUUUUUAUUGAUAUUUUAAGGAAUUAAUCAAGUUUUAACGGUAAUUUAGACGAAAAGUGCUUUAUGCUGCGAAGUAUCAAUUUACAAAAAUAUUCACAGUUUAGCGGUUAUAUUAUUUGUUGUAUACGUAUGGAGAAACAUCAGAAAUACUGUACAUAUUUAAAUAGUAGAAUUUACAUAAAUUUAGAAUUCCGUUCGACGAUCUUUUAAGUUUAAUCUCAGACGUACUCGCUCGGGAGUGAAGAGUGAAAGCUAUAAAUUAGUGGAAAGUGAUGACACAUGCCUGUCAGAGAAAUCUGGUAUUUUCCACAGUUGCUGGGUCAUGUCGGAACUCCUAAAUGGACAUGCAGCACAACUUCAUGUGUUGAAUAGCGAAUAGUAAAAUAUGCACUGUCUGGAACGGUUAUAAUUCCCUUUUUCACCGAACACAAGUUUACGAUGUUCAGUAGUUCAUUAUAAAAAGAAGAAAAUAUAUGUAAGGGAAAGUUGAAGAAUGUUAUAUAUCUUCCCAUGAUAAUAAAUCCAAUGAUUUAUUUAUCUACUGUACAGUCAUUGUUAAUCAACGAAAGGAAAUCACAGAAAACAAUAUAAAAUAUACGUUAUUUAUUCUUUAUUUAUAAGGACAAACAUUAUAGGAUCGAAGCUGCGGACCACAAUUCGUAUGUUUCUCGAAAAUCUUCUGUACAGCUCAAUCGACGUUCACACAAUUAUUGAUAAUAUUGACGUAUACGAUUAAUUAAUAUUGAAAAUCUUAAACAGAUGUGAAAAAAUAUAAAUGUUACACAAUU